ACUGGUUUUCUUCUUUUCCAGGUAGGAAGUUACUAUUCUUUAGUUUAAAGAGUAGUGCUGUUAUGAGCAAUGCUGAGAAAACACCAACUGCUGAGGGUGAGGUCAUGGAGGGUUUCUUGUGCCCUUUCUGCCUCUUCGAUCUCACGUCCAUCACCCAGCUCCAAGCUCAUUUUGAGGAGCAGCAUGCAUCGGAAGACAAGGCUGUGUUGCAGUCACUUAAAGGUUUCUUAAACAAGGCCAAGAAAAAGCUGCUAAAUGAAGAGGAAGAGUUUAGACAAGGACGUAGUCAGGUGCCAAGUGACGAUUACAGUGAAUUUGAGCCAAAUAAUCCUUGGAAUUGGGAUCCACCUCCUCUAGGACCGUCAAGAUCACAUACAGCCACAUUUAAGAAGAUUAGAAGUGCAAGACUAGAUUGUUUUGUAGCAGAGACAAAUAAGCUCAUAAUUAGACUCAAUAAACUCUUGACAGAUCUUCCCAGUGAUCCUGUGAAAAGGAAAGCACAUGAGAAGAACAUUGUGAUGUGGGCAGAUGAUAAAGAUGUUCCUCUCUGCCCAUUUUGCGCUAGGUCCUUCAACAUUGCUCGACGACGUCAUCACUGCCGAUUGUGUGGAGGGAUCAUGUGUGAUGAAUGCUCCAAGUUUUUAACUUUUGACUAUGCAAAAAAACUUGUAAGUCCAGUUCAUGCAAGUGGUAAUAGCCAGUUGACAGUCGCAAACACUGGAGUAGGAACUGUUAGUUCUGGUAUGACAUCCUUAAUAGCAGGGUUUUCUGGCCUUCGGCGUUCUGGGUCCCAAGGAUCUCUCAACUCUUUACGUUCUGUUGUUGAUUCAAUGACAAAUGAGCAACAUUUUCGGAUCUGCAGUCACUGCAUGACGAGACUAGAGGCCCGAGAUAGCCAAAUGGAGAAGAGGACAUACAAGCCUACAUUGUCAGAUUAUUAUGACAAACUCAUGGAAUAUAGAUCACGGAUAGAAAGGUUGCUGCCACAAUAUAUUAGUAUGGCAGAGUCUUUAAG